ACCGAUCUGCAGCAGCGGAGCAACUGGAAGGGGAUUUCUGAGAGGAGAAGAGACAACAGCUGCGGCGGUGCGAAAAUGCAGAGGCCGAACAAGACCAGAAAGGAGGAGGUCGUCACCAGAGAGUACACUAUCAAUCUGCAUAAACGAUUGCAUGGAUGCACUUUCAAGAAGAAGGCCCCUAAGGCCAUAAAGGAAAUAAGGAAGUUUGCCCAAAAGGCGAUGGGAACAAAGGAUGUUAGAGUUGAUGUGAAGCUGAACAAGCAGAUAUGGAGCAAAGGAAUCCGAAGUGUUCCGAGGAGGGUUAGGGUCCGCAUUGCCCGAAGGAGAAACGAAGACGAGGAUGCGAAAGAGGAGCUCUACUCUUUGGUCACCGUUGCUGAAAUCCCUUCCGAGGGGCUCUCAGGUUUGGGCACCACCGUCGUUGAGGACACCGAUUAGUUCAAUAAUAAGGUGCGUUUGUUUGGGACGAAUAUUCUCGUUUUGCAUUUGUCACACUCUAGUUGAUCUCUUGUUUUGACUGUUUUUUUGUUGUAUGGUUGUGCACUUUUAUCCACCUCUUAUAUUUCCAUCUUUUUCAUUCAAGUGGGGUUGUAGUUUUGCAUUUAAUAUACUCUGUAUGGCAGUGCCUUUAAUGUUAAACCUAGCUCGCCUCUUGGGGCCUAUUUGGGAAUAUCGUUAGAGGUUAGUGUUAGCGUUUUGAAAAUGCUAUUUAUGGGUAGCGUUUAGCGUUGGUGUUUUCAGAAUUAAUAUGUACGGUUAAUAAUUUAUUCCAAACGGG